AUGUCAGCCAUAUCUACACUCGUCGGAUCGAAACACGUAUUCACAACACCAUAUCAUCCUCAAACUAAUGGUCAAACGCAGCGCUUCAAUGCAACAUUUGCCACUCAGUUAGCAAAAUAUUGUAAUGAAGAAAAAUCGAAUUGGGAUGUCUACUUACCUUCAAUCGUGUAUGCGUAUAAUCACGGUCAACAUCGUUCCACGGGAUUCACCCCGUAUCAAUUGGCCUUCGGACGACAACCACGAAACCCCUUUGAUCGUACAAGAACAGAUUUUAAAUUCUCUCGUCCAAAUGAUUAUUGGAUACAAGUUCAACAAUUUAAAACACAUGCUAACAAGAUGGCUCGUUUCAACAUCCAACACCACCAAACCUUGACAAAACAACGUUACGUCCAGAAUCGAAGCAGCCCAUCCUACAACAUUGGCGAUUUAGUUUGGCUUAAGGUGUUAGUUGAGCGAACAAAAUUAGAUGAACGUUACCGUGGCCAGUAUCAAAUACUGAUAAGAUUACUGCACUCAAUUACAUGUUAG